AUGGCACUGCAUGAACAGCAGCAUGAAGAAGAUAAGGAGCAGCAGACACAGCAGCAGCAACAGUCCAGCAGCGGGACUAGCGGCGGAAGCAGCAACACUGAGGAGACUGCAGCAGCAACUCCAGCAGCAGAUGCUGCUGCAACAGAUGUUGCUGCUGCAGAUGCUGCAGUAGGAGAUGCUGCUGCAGCAGAUCCUGCAGCAAAUCCUGCAGCAGCAGCAGGUGCUGUAGAACAUACUGUUGAAGCAGAUGCUGCUGCUGCAGAUGCUGCAGGACUAGAUGCUGCAGCAGCAGAUGUUGCUGCUGCAGAUGUUGGUGCAGCAGAUCCUGCUGCUGCUGCUGCUGCAAAUGCUUCUACAGGGCUAGAUUUGCUGCUGCCUUCUGCAGAUGGACAAAGGGGGAGAGAGGAUACAAGCAUUAAUCUUCCCGUGAUACCUGCUGCAGCAGCAGCAGCAGCUACAACAGCAACAGCAACACCUGCAACACCUGCUGCUGCAUCAGCAGCAGCAGCAGCCCAAGCAGCACCUGCAGCAGCAGCAGCGACAGCAGCAGCAGUUCGCGCAACAGCAGCAGCGGAAGCAUCAGUAUCAUCUGCAGCCAACCGUCUACCGUCUUUCCCCACCACCAGCACCGCCUCCACCUCCAACACCAGCAGCACCGCCACCUGCAGCAGCAGUAGCAGCAGCAGCAGCAGCAGCAGCAGCAGCAGCAAUUUAGUAUUUUUACGUGCUGGUUGGCUGCAGCGUCAGACUCGUCAUACAAGAAGAUUUGCCUUUCGUUUCCUUUUGCUGCAGGGAUCGAUCCUUUAUUCAUUUAAGCGUCUCCCCUUCCUUCGUUGCUGCCCCUUGAGCAGCAGCAGCAGCAGCAACAGCAGCAACAGCAGCAACAGCAGCAAUAGUAGUUGUUUAAUGGUAAGAGACGAAGACCUUGCUGCUUGGAUAGACUUUGCUGCUGCUACCUGCUGCUGGCAGCUAAGAGGCAGCAAAAUAAAUAAAUUUUUUUAUGAUAAACAAACAGCAACAUUUAGAUGGACAUUAACUGCACCUAAUUUGCUGCUGCUGCAGCGCAUGCAGCAGCAGCAGCAGCAGCAGCAACAGCAGCAGCACCAACAGCAUCAGAGUGGGGCAACGCAAAGGGUCAAACGAGGCACACGAGAACCGCAGAACAAACGACUGCAGCAGCAGCAGCAACAGCAGCAGCAGCUAGGUGGCAGCACAGCUGCCUGGUUCCCGACAGAUACAGCAGCAGCAAGUGCAGCAGCAGCAGCAGCAGCAGGGUGUACAGACACGAGUGACGAUGAAGAUGUAUGCUCGGAACCGUUUGCUGCUGCUGCAGCAGAAGCAGCAGAGGCAGCAGCUGAGACGGCAGCUGCCGCUGAGAGUGCUGCUGCUGCUGCUGCUGCUGCUGCAGUAGCAGAACGCGAGACAGCAGUAGCUCUUGCUGCAUGCACAGAAGAAGUAGUGUUUGCUGCUGCUGCAGCAACAGCAGCAUAUGAUUGGAUGCGUCUUAUGGAUAGCUGCUGCUACCUAGGGGGCCCUGCUGAGGUGUACAUACACCGCAGCGCUGCUGCUGCAUUUGCUCCUUCCCCCCUUGAUGGCCUUCCUUCAUGGUUAUUUGCUGCUGGAUGGUUGUCUCUUGCUGCAGCUCGAUGGAAGCAGCAGCAGCAAGCAGCAGCAGCACAAAAAGAAGCAGCAGCAAAAGGAGCAGCAGCCAUAACGGAUACUGCACCAGCCAGCGAGCAGCAGCAGCAGCAGCAGCAGCAGCAGUUGGGGAGGCUACAAGAUCGCUUUCUUGAGCAUUCUUUGUUGCAGUCUCCUGCUGCAUCUGAUCCCCUUGCUGCUGCAGCAGCAGCAGCAAGAGGAGAGAGAAUGUUUGUCUCCUUGCGUCUGUUGGCGCUGCACGAUUUGCUGCUGCCUGAUGGCUAUGGUGUCUACUGUCUCCUUGAGUAUCAAUCUAGUGUCUCCUUUUUUGGUGUAUAUGGAGGAAUGCCUGCUGCUGCUGCUGCUGCUGCAGCAGCAGCAGCAGCAGGGGCAACUGCUGCACCGGCAACAGCGUCGAGGCCAUGGGCAAUGAGUAUGUACCAGCAACAGCAGCAGCAACAGCAGCAACAGCAGCAGCAGCAGCAGCAGCAGCAGCAGCUAGCUGGAUUAGUUGCUUCUCCUUCUUUAUUUCAUAAAUGGUUCAAGAGAGCAACAGGGUCUGCUGCUGCUGUAUCCUUUUGUCGCCGUUUGCUGCUGCUGCUGCCUCCUUGCUGCAUCUGUCUCCCUGUCUUCUAUCCUAGGCCACAAGAAGAUUUGCUGCUGCACUUUAUUGCUGCACCUCUUGAGCAGCAGCAGCAGCAACAGUAUACAAAGGCAGCCAAUAGGCGAGAAGGAAGCAGCAGCAGCAGCAACAGUAACAGCAACACCAGCAGCACACUUGCAGCAGGGCAAGCGGGGAUUGCAGCAGCAGCUGCUGCUGCUGUUGCUGCUGCUCCUGUUCCUCAAUCUUUAGACAUUUCUGCUUCAGCAGCAACAACUCCUAUGAUGCGGGAACCGAUCGAAGCAGCAGCAACAGCAGCAGCAGCAGCAGCAGGGAGUAUAGGGCAGGUGUCUCUUCGUGUAGGAGGGGGACAAGAUUAUUAUCUAUGCACAUUUAGGCUGCAGCAGCAGCAGCUAGGGUGUGGGGCCCCACAGCUGCAGCAGCUACGGGGGUUUUGUGUAUCUACAGCUAAGCAUCCGCUGCUAGAGAAGUGCAAGAAUAUACCUUCUGCUGCUGCUGCUGCUGCUGCAGCAUCCGCUGCUGCUGCGCAUGCUUCUGCUGCCGCAGCAGCCAGAAGAGGAGUUGAGUCACCUCGUGCUGCAGCAGCAGCAGCAAGACACUUCGUGACGCAACAACAACGACAGCAGCAGCAGCAGGUGGAGUUAGAUCUGCAGCACGAGCAAGAGGAUGGCUCUCGCCAUGAAGAGAGCGUUGCUGUGCAUGAAGAAGCAGCAGCAGCAACAGCAGCAGCAACAGCAGCAGCAGGAGGAGCAGCAGCUAGCUGUAGCAGCACAUUAGUAUUAGAAGCAGCACUAGAAGGCAGCAGCUGGCUGCAGCUGCUGCAGCACCAAGCAGAGGUAUUCGAUACACCGCAACCCUUUAAGGAAAUAUGCAUGCAUGCAGGAGAAGGAGCAGCAGCAGAUGCAGGAACAUUAACUCCUCUGCAGCUAGUUGUGCUGCAGCUCAAGAGAUUGCAGCGGCUGCAGCAGCGACACCAACAUCUGCAGCUGCAGCACCCUGCAGCAGCAUCAUCAUCAACAGCAAAAGGCGACAACCAGCACACUACCAAUACUCAAGGCAGCAGCAGCAGCAGCAGCAGCACGCCUGUCGCAGCAGUGAAGGAACAACAACCUUUAGUGCUGCAGCAUAAGCAGCAGCAGAUGCAUCAACCUAUGUGGUGCUGCUGCUGCAGCAUUAACUGCCAAGGGAGCGAGCCCAUGAAGUUGGUGUCACCUUUGCUGCUGUCUCUGCAGCAGCGGAAGCAGCAGCAGCAGCAGCAGCAUCGCUGCAGCAGCAGUGGCCCAAUAGCGCGCUUCUUCUGGGGGGCACUAUGUAGGGGUAGUUUGCUGCUGCACCGCAUGCAAUUGCUGCUGCUGCUGUCAGCAGCAGGAGGCUGUCCAGGCCCCCUUACUGCUCAGCUGCUGUCAAACACGGCGAAGCAUUGCAGCUGCCACACUACCCUGCAGCAGCAACAGCAGCAGCAGGAGAAGCAACAACAGAAGCUACAGCAGCAGCAGGAGAAGCAACAACCGAAGCAACACCAGCAGAAGCAGCAGCAGAUGCAGCAGCAGCCACAAGAGCAGGGCUCUCCGCAACUGGCUGCAGACCGUCCUAAACCGUUGCAGCGCCGAGCCUCGGAACCUGCUGCAGCAAAAGGAGGAGGAGGAGGAGGAGCAGCAGCAGCAGCAGCAGCAGAGAGCGACAGCAGCACGAGCAGCACUCCCCCUGAUUGUCCCCUUAUGGAGGCACAGUAUAGAGGAUCAGGAGGGGAGUUUAAGGGCAGCUGCUUCUUCCGUGUCUCCUCAGCCAUGCAGCAGCAGCAGCAGCAGCAGGAUGAGCAGCAGCAGCAGCAGCAGGAUGAGCAGCAGGAGGACGAGCAGCAGCAGCAGCCGCAGACGGAAGCAGCAGCAGCAGCAGCAGGAUUUAUAGUUGCGGUGUCUAGGGAGACAGAUGAAUAUGGUUGGUCAUAUGGAGACAGUCUAUGGGGCCCAUGGAUAAAAAAGGAGACACCUACUACUGAUGUACGGAGGCGAAGAUGGCUGCCUCCACAAACAGUCAUGAAGGUCAACAAUUGGUCAGGCACCAUGCAACAGCAGCUGCAGCAGCAGCAGGAACAGAGUCCAUGCAUGCGCCAGCAGCAACAACCCUUAAGUGGGCCCCCAGCGCGUUUUGGCGUUUCUACAACCGGUGUUGCUGAGGGCGAACAGCAGCAGCAGCUAGAGCAGCAGCAGCAGCAGCAGCUGAUACUGCUACAGCAGCAACAGCAACAGCACCAGGAGUUACAAGAACAGCAACAGGUUGUCCAGCAGAAGAGCGUGGACGGUGUCUGCUGGCCGCAGCAAACUCGCUGCGGCAGCAGCCGAAGCAUCAGCAGCAGCCGCAGCAGCAGCCGCAGCAGUAGCAGUAGCAGCAGCAGCAGAAACAAGACAGUUCUUGCAGAGGCAGCAAAACUGGCGUCUUCUUGGUUAGGCAAGAAACUAAGAGCUCAUACGGGUACUCCCUUGCUGCUGCAGCAGCAACAACAACAACAGGAGCAGCAGCUGUGGCUUCAGCAACAGCAGGAGCAGCAACUGCAGCGACAGCAGCAGCACCUGCAGCGGCAGCAGCAACAGGUUAUCAUUGAGCAGCAGCAGCAGAAGCCGCUCACCUUAUGGAGCCUUCCUGCAUGCGUAGAAGACGAUUACUUUUCUUCUGUCUGUACGGCAGCAGCAAACGAUGCUGCAGCAGCACAAGCUGCAGCAGCAGCAACAGCAACAGCAACAGCAACAACAGCAGCAGCAGCAGCACCAGUCCUUGUUCGCAGCGAUAGUGAGGGCAGCAGGGACGACAUGGGGAAGCAACAGCCUGCUGCUGCUGCUGCUGCUGCUGCUGCAGGCUCUACCUCAGAUGCCGAGUCUGUAACCUGUGCUGCCGCAGCAUCGGACGCAGCAGCUGCUCUAGCAGCAGAUGCUGCUGCUGCUAGUUUCGCUGCUGCUAGUGCUGCUACUGCUGCUGCUGUUGCCAACGCAGCAGAUGCUGCAGUGGAAGGGGCAUCUGCUGUUGUGCAACACGGCAAAGCGUCUGAGGCAGAGGAAGCAGCAGAACCAGAAGCUGCUGCUGUUGCUGCUGCUGUCGCUGCUGCUGAUGCAGCUGCUGCAGCAGAGGCAGAUGCUACUGCAGCAGCAGACGUUACGGAGACACUUGCAGCAGAGGCUGACGAAACAGCAGCACGAGAGGAAACACAUGCAGCAGACGCAGCAGCAGAUGCAGCAACACUGCAGCAAACAGCAGCAACUUUUGAAGCAGCAUCACCUGCUGCAGAAGCAGCGGAUGGAGCAGCAGCAGAAGAGAAGCUGGGAGCAGCAACUUCGGAGACAGCAGCAGGCGCAGCAACAGACGCAGAAACAGCGACGAAAGCAGCAGCAACAGCAGCACCAGCAGCAGGUGAGGUUGAGCAGUAUAUCGAAGAAGCUGAAGGGGUCGAUCCCCUCGCUGCAGCAGAAGCAGCAGCAGCAGAAGCAGCAGCAGCAGAAGCAGCAGCAGCAGAGGCAGCAACUGAAGAAAGUCCAGCAGCAAUGGAAGAAGGAGCAGAGCCAUCACCUCGUGCUGCACCAGCGGAGUCAGCAGCACCAGCAGCAGCAGCAGCAGCAGCAGCAAUGGAGGCUUCUCCAAGCACCGUGUCCAGCAGCAGUUGCAAUGCUAAGUUGCCUGCAGCAGCACAUAAAGGUGCAGAACAUUCAUCAGCAGCACCAGCUGCUGCUGCUCCACCUCCUCCUCCUCUCCCCCCUCAUACCGCUCCUCCUCCUAACUCUCCUCUCCCCCCUCCUACCGCUCCUCCUCCUACCUCUCCUCUCCAUCCUCCUACCGCUCCUCCUCCUCCCCCUCCUCUCCAUCCUCCUACCGCUGCUCCUCCUCCUCCUCUAACUGCCCCUCCUCCUCCGCCUCCUCCUCCUGCCGCUCCUCAUCCUCAUCCUCCUUCUGCUCCUCCUCCUCAUCGUCCUUCUGCUCCUCCUCCUGCUGGUGCUGCUCCUCCUCCUCCUCCUGCUGGAGGACUGCGGGGCUUUUGGUUCGAGUUGCUGGGUGUCCCCGAUAUGAAGGCGCCCUUCUCCUCGGCGUCCCUUACAGAGGAGCAGCAGCAGCAGGCAAGGGCGCAGCAGCAGCAACCGCAGCAGCAGCAGCCCCACCUGCAACAACAGGAGCAACAGCAGGAGCCGCGACCCCAAGCGACAAGGGGCAGAAGACUAUCUUUAAGUUUUUAUCGGAGUGGAAAGGCUGAGCAGCAGCAACAGCAGCAGGAGCAGCAGGAGCAACGGCAGCAGCAGCAGCAGCAGCAGCAGGAGGCUCAGCAUGACGUGCAUCCUCUGCAGCAGAUCAAUCCAGCGGCUGCUGCUUUGCUGGUAUUGCAGCAGGAGAAGCAGCACAUGUCUCCCCAGCAGCAGCAGCAACAGCAACUACAGAGAGCAGUAUGCUGCCUGCAUCGGGCGGAAGAGCAUCUGUGGCUCCAGCAGCAGCAACAGCAGCAGCAGCAGCAACAACAACAACGGUGGUGGUUGUGGCGGUUGCUGCAGCAGAGACUCCUAAGGAAGCUGCCCCUUUGGGCUGUCCCCCCUCCUCUAUCUUUUUGCUGUUUGUGUGGGGCCGAUCUAUCCUCGCGAGCAGUAAGAGAAGCAGCAGCAGCAGCAGCAGCCGCAGCAGCAGCUGCUGCAGCAGAGGACGGCCCGAGGGAACCCGCAUUUUACCCAGGGCCGCUCAGCAACAUACUUGAUACUGCCGCUGCUGCUGCUGCUGCACCAGCAGCAGCACCAGCAACCAAAAGCAACAGCAUCCCGUCGGCUGCUACGCUGCUGCAGCAGAUGGUGCAGUGCCGCAGCCCUCCUUCAGCAUCAGGUGUACAAGCAGGUGCUGCUGCUGCUGCGAACUAUCCAACGAGCUUGUGUGCUGCCUGCUACAUUCGGACUCUCAGGGGACGUGCUGCAGCGGCAGCAGCAGCUGCUGCCGGUGCUGCUGCUUCUGCUGCUGCCAAUGCACUCCGCGUGCGCCGCCUCACAAGCGGUCGCAUGCAGCCGCCACGAACCGCAGCCCCAUCUGCUGCUGCAGCUGCUGCUGCUGCAGCUGGCAAAAGUGCUGUAUUUAUGGCUGAGGCAGCAACGAAUGCAGCAGAAGCAGCAGCAGCAGAAGGCUUGUAUAUGAUGCGACAUUUGCCUGAAAGCAGCAUGCGAGGCAAAAACAGCAGCAAGAAGAAGACUGGCAGCAGCAGCAGCAACAGCAGCAGCAGCAGCAGCUUAGAUGUAUUCUCUGCUUAUAGAGAGCUACGUUGUGCUGCAGAGAGAUUAUUAGAUUGUGAACAGCAGCAGCAGCAGUAG